CGGCGGGCACAACACUUCAGCUCCCCCCACGAGAAGGCCCCUAUCUGACCGCUUGUCGAUCGGCUUCGGAGUUUACUCCAUCUUUCCCUCGGGACCUUUCCAUUUCACUCUUCCUUACCCGACGCAAGUCAAAGAACCACCGCCAUCAUGCAAGCACCGGUGGUGGUCAUGAACACCAAUGCUGGUGAGAGACAGGUUGGGCGUAAAGCUCAGCUGUCCAACAUCGCCGCUGCGAAGACGUACUGUUGCGGACAUCAUCCGGUCAUGUCUGGGACCCAAGGCGAUGCUGAAGAUGCUUCUCGACCCCAUGGGCGGUAUUGUUUUGACCAACGACGGACACGCUAUCCUGAGAGAAAUCGAGGUGUCGCACCCCGCCGCGAAGAGCAUGAUCGAACUGAGCCGUACCCAAGACGAGGAGGUCGGCGACGGAACGACGACUGUCAUUAUCCUGGCUGGUGAGAUGCUCGCCCAGGCCCUCCCCCAACUCGAACGCAACAUCCACCCCGUUGUCAUCAUCUCGGCUUUCAAGCGUGCUCUGGCGGACGCCCUCGCCAUCGUGGAGGAGGUUUCGUUACCCGUGGAUAUCGAUGACGACAAGGCUAUGUACACCCUCAUCCAGUCAUCCAUUGGCACCAAGUUCGUUUCCCGGUGGUCGGAGCUCAUGUGCAGCCUGGCGCUCAAGGCUGUCCGGACCGUGUCUUUCGAUGCUGGUGGUGGAAAGAGGGAGGUCGACAUCAAGCGCUACGCUCGUAUUGAGAAGAUUCCUGGCGGUCAGAUUGAGGAGAGUGAGGUUAUCGACGGUGUCAUGAUCAACAAGGACAUCACCCACCCCAAGAUGCGGAGAAGGAUAGAGAACCCGAGAGUUCUCCUGCUCGACUGCCCGCUGGAGUACAAGAAGGGUGAAUCGCAGACGAACAUUGAGAUCACCAAGGAGGACGACUGGAACCGCAUCCUGCAGAUUGAGGAGGAGCAAGUGAAGCACAUGUGCGACGCUAUCCUGGCACUCAAGCCCGACGUUGUCAUCACCGAGAAGGGUGUUUCUGACCUUGCCCAGCACUACUUGGUGAAGGCCAAUGUCACAGCUCUCCGUCGUGUGAGAAAGACCGAUAACAACCGUAUCGCCAGAGCCACUGGUGCCACCAUCGUGAACCGUGUCGAUGACCUUCAGGAAUCCGACAUCGGAACUCAGUGUGGUCUGUUCGAGAUCGAGAAGAUUGGCGAUGAAUACUUCACCUUCCUCAGAAAGUGCCAGAGCCCUAAGGCUUGCACGAUCCUUCUCCGUGGCCCGUCCAAGGAUAUCCUCAACGAAAUCGAGCGGAACCUUCAGGAUGCCAUGUCGGUUGCCAGGAACGUCAUCUUCCACCCCCGUCUUUGCCCCGGCGGUGGUGCCAUUGAAAUGGCCGUUUCCGUCAGAUUGAGCCAGUUGGCCAAGUCUAUUGAGGGUGUCCAACAAUGGCCCUACAAGGCCGUUGCUGAUGCCAUGGAGGUCAUCCCCCGGACGCUGGCACAGAAUGCUGGAGCCAGCCCCAUCCGUGUCCUCACCCGCAUGAGGGCUAAGCACGUCGAAGGCCACACCACGUGGGGUCUGGAUGGAGACUCCGGUGCCUUGGUGGAUAUGAAGGAGUAUGGCGUUUGGGAACCCGAGGCGGUCAAGCUUCAGAGCAUCAAGACUGCUGUCGAGUCCGCAUGCCUCCUCCUUCGUGUCGAUGAUAUCUGCAGUGGCAAGUCUGCUCAGCAGGCGGGUGCCGGUGUCGGUGGUGGUGAUGAUUAAAUAUUAGGACGACCGAAAUUAAAACUGCGUACAUAAUGCUGCACGAUUACCUUUUGAUUCUGUAUGAAUAUCCUAGACCAAAAAUUACAUGGGUAUC